AUUUUACUAAAUUUAGCAGCACCGCCUAAUCAAAAUGGUUGGCCUUUAAUGGAGGAUGCUUAAAUUUGUGGGACUGUAUAAGCGGUCAUUUCUUCUCCAGUUCUAUCUCCGGCGACUUCAUUCGUCGCAAAUCUCUUUUCCGGCGAUAUUCCGUUUGUUGUUGAUAAGAUAGAGUGAUUCAUUGAGGUGAAUGUCCAUCAUGGAUUGUAACUGCUUUGAUCCACAAUUGCCUGCCGAUGAGUUGUUAAUGAAGUAUCAGUACAUUUCCGAUUUUUUCAUAGCAGUUGCUUAUUUCUCCAUCCCAAUCGAGUUGGUAUACUUUGUUCAGAAAUCAGCUGUUUUUCCAUAUCGAUGGGUGCUCGUGCAGUUUGGUGCUUUCAUAGUUCUUUGUGGAGCAACACACCUUAUCAACUUGUGGACGUCUACUGCUCAUACAAGGACUGUGGCAAUAGUGAUGACUACCGCAAAGGCCUUUACUGCUGCAGUAUCAUGUGCAACUGCUAUCAUGCUUGUGCACAUUAUUCCCGAUCUAUUAAGUGUCAAAACUAGGGAGCUAUUCUUGAAAAACAAAGCGGCAGAACUUGAUCGUGAAAUGGGUCUUAUUCGGACACAGGAGGAGACGGGUAGAUAUGUUAGAAUGCUAACACAUGAAAUCAGAAGUACUCUGGAUAGACAUACUAUUUUGAAGACUACACUUGUUGAACUUGGAAGAGCAUUGGCACUGGAAGAGUGUGCUUUGUGGAUGCCAACUCAAACUGGUUUGGAGCUUCAACUUUCUUACACUCUACAUCAUCAAAAUCCAGUUGGAUUUACAGUACCUAUACAACUUCCAGUAAUUAAUCAAGUUUUCAGUGCAAAUCGUGCUGUUAAAAUUUCACCAAAUUCUCCCGUUGCAAGGUUUCGACCUGCCCGGAAGUACAUGCCAGGUGAGGUGGUUGCUGUUAGGGUCCCACUUCUGCAUCUCUCAAAUUUUCAGAUUAAUGAUUGGCCUGAACUCUCGACAAAGCGCUAUGCUUUGAUGGUUUUGAUGCUUCCUUCAAAUAGUGCAAGACAAUGGCAUGUGCAUGAAUUGGAGCUUGUUGAAGUGGUAGCCGAUCAGGUAGCUGUUGCUCUCUCACAUGCUGCCAUCUUGGAGGAAUCAAUGAGGGCUCGAGAUCUGCUUAUGGAGCAGAAUAUGGCUCUUGAUCUUGCAAGAAAAGAAGCAGAAACAGCUGUUCGUGCGCGUAAUGAUUUCCUAGCUGUUAUGAAUCAUGAAAUGAGAACUCCCAUGCAUGCAGUAAUUGCACUUUCAUCUUUGCUGCAAGAAAGUGAACUGACACCGGAGCAGCGGCUGAUGGUGGAAACAAUCCUUAAAAGCAGCAACCUUUUAGCAACUCUCAUCAAUGAUGUCUUGGAUCUUUCAAGGCUAGAGGAUGGAAGCCUUCAACUUGACUUUAGGACUUUCAAUCUUCAUGCUCUCUUCAGAGAGGUCCUUAACUUAAUCAAGCCUAUUGCAAUUGUGAAAAAGCUGUUUGUCACACUUAGUUUGUCUUCGGAUUUACCGGAAGUUGCUAUUGGAGAUGAAAAACGGCUUAUGCAAAUUCUUUUAAACGUUGUUGGCAAUGCUGUAAAAUUCUCAAAAGAAGGCUGUGUGUCAGUUUCUGCUGAUGCUGCAAAAUCAGAAUCUUUAAUAGAUCCUAGAGCUCCCGAGUUUUCUCCUGUGCAAAGUGAGAAUCACUUCUAUUUACGUGUACAGGUAAAAGAUACAGGAUCAGGCAUUAAUACUCAGGAUAUCCCCAAGUUGUUCUGUAAAUUUGCGCAAAACCAGGCACUAGCAACUAAAAAUUCUGGUGGCACUGGACUUGGCCUUGCAAUUUGUAAGAGGUUUGUUAAUCUUAUGGAAGGACACAUUUGGAUUGAAAGUGAAGGUCUCGGGAAGGGAUCUACUGCUAUCUUUAUUGUUAAACUUGGCAUUCCUGGUCGCUUAAAUGACUCAAAGCUUCCCUUUAUGCCUGGAUUGCCUGCAAAUCACAUGCAGAUGGCUUUUCAAGGACUAAAGGUCUUGGUUAUGGAUGAUAAUGGGUUUAGCAGGAUGGUAACCAAGAGUCUACUAGUGCACCUAGGGUGCGAUGUAACAACCAUUGGCUCUGGUGAUGAGUGCUUAAGAGUUCUAACUCGGGAACACAAAGUAGUAUUCAUGGACAUGAGUAUAACUGGUAUGAACUGUUAUGAUGUUGCCCUCAGUGUACAUGAGAAAUUUGGGAAACGUCACGUGAGGCCACUUAUUGUGGCACUAACAGGGAACACUGACCGAGUGACGAAAGAAAACUGCAUGAGAGUUGGUAUGGACGGAGUUAUUCUGAAACCUGUUUCAAUUGACAAAAUGAGAAGUGUUUUAUCCGAGCUUUUAGAGCACGGAGCUGUUCUUCAAUCCUAGUGAAAGAGGAAGUGUUUGCACGACCAAAAAGUGUUUGUCAAGACUCAAUGCCCUCAGAAAUCAGAAUACAAGAGUGUCCGCUGUAAAUACAAUUUUCCACUUUGGGCAAAACGAUGGUUUGUUCAUGAUGAUGGCGCGAUUUGCUAGUUGCAGUUUCAAAUAUCUUAUAGGAAAGUGAUACCAUAAUGAUGUAAUUCUCAAUAGAUUUGUACAAAGUAGUUAAUUCUACAAUAUAUGUAUAUGUAGGACAAGUUCAGUCUUUCCUGGAGGGUUGAUAGCAUGUUUAAUCCCUUUUUUUUAGCUAGAAAUAAUUGGAAAAAAAGGGCAGCCUGGUGUGCACUAAAGUGCCUGCUAUGCGCAGGGUCUGGAGAAGGGUUCGAUCCUUGUACGCAGCUUUAUCUUGCAUUUACGUCAAAGGUUGUUUCGAACGCUUGAACCCGUGACCUUCCGAUCACAUGACAACAGAUUUACCAGUUACUCAGGCUCCCCUUCCUAGAAAUAAUUGACAACGUUUGUGUAAAAGUUAUACGAUGUGCAUGUCUUUCACCAUUCUAA